AUUAAUCCACUGGUAAUAAUAACGGAACUCAGCCUUACAAGGUUGUCUUGGCAACGUGAUACGGAAAUUAAUACGAAACAAAACGAACAUCGAAUAUUAUUUAAGUUUUGAGAAAAACCAUUUAAUUGAAAACCAAAUAACUAAACAAAGAUAUAUAUAUUUAAAAUGUAUUUUCCAAAAGGAGUAAGUGUGUGGCAAAUAAAAGUUAUUACUUUCCUGUGUAUUACAACACUAAUUUUGGCUCUAACUACAGCCUAUCCCUCUAAGGAAAAUCUCAAAAUACGAAUACAUAUACCGGUAAAACAUCAUACCCAUGUCCAUCAUAAAACUUUGGUUAAAAAGGUGCCCCUGCCCAUACCAGUACCCGUCAAAGAGCACAAGAAACAUCAUGAUGAAUACAAGCGUAAGCAAAGUGAAGAGGAGGAACAGUUAGAUGAUGAGUUUGAAGGUUACGAUUAUCCCAAAAAAAAAAGAAGAACCAGACAUCCUUUUAUAUGAAAGAGCAGACAAAAAAAGAAACACAGAAUUUAAUUAUAAAAUUCAAAUAAAAUAAAAAGAAACGAAAGUAAUUAAGUGCAAUAGAAACAAAUACAUAAAAAAUAAACACCAAACAAUUAAUCAAACGUAGUGAGGAGCUCUGAUACAGCAGAUGGGUAUGAAGUGAAGCGAUAAAUGGAAUGAAUCUGUAUCUAUAUUGUUGUUAUUUAUGUUAAUUGUGUAGUUUUAAGAGAUUUUUUUUAUUUAAUUUUAUUUUGUUACUUUUGUUGUGACUUUUGAUGUAGUAGAUGUUAAUAAAGGCAAAAGGAAUGUCAAUUAAUUGUUAUAAUUGUAAGGAUUUCUGGAAAUUGUUUGAGAUAAAAAGAAAUUGUAAUAAAAACUAAAUAGUAAUAGGGUAUGUAGUAUAAAUAAAUAUUUAAAUAAAAAUUUAAAAUUUAA